CGUCUCUCAUCCCUCUGUCCCUUUAUUGGUCCCCAUUUCCUGUACUCCCUCUCUCUAUCCGCCUUUCUCUGUGUCUGUUUCCCCCCUCUCUAUCUCUCCACAGUGUGCAGCUGCCUUCCUGAUUAUCCAGCUCUGUAGUCGAGGUUCUCCUGUGGAGAUUCAGGGUGAAGAUUUUCUUCAAAGUGUACAUUCAGUACUACUGUCCUCUCCACAGACUUCCGUUUCCCCGCCAAUGGAUCUGGGAAAGUUCGAUGGUUUGUUCACUCUGUUGUUGCAGUAUGUGAAUGAGGGAGAACCCUCCAUGCUCCGAGACUUUACAGACUCUGAAUUGUGGAACACUGCUUGGCGUUGUCUGGCCCAAGUACUACAUCUCAGCCCAGACAGACCAAUCAUGGAAGGAGAGACGCCCCGGCCUGGCCAGCCGAGCCCAGUUCCGGAUUGGACCACCCUGUCUCCCUCAGGUAUUGUGACCUUCCUGGGACUAGCUACUGUGGUCUUCUCUGCAGCCCCACACCAGUCUCUGCAGCUCCUGGCCAGCCCACACAGUGUAAUCCCUGCAACACUUGGCCAACUAUUGUCUGAAAGCUUCCUCAAACAUCUGGAUCACAGGUUAGAGCUGCCCGCUCUCGGUCUUGCUGCUCGUUGCUGUGGGGCUGGGGUGGAGGUCACACAGGAUGUGGUGCUGAGAGUUUGCCAGCUGCUGUGCUUCCCCUUCGCGAUGGACGUGGAGGAGCCAAUGUUCAGUGAGAUUCUGCGCACUCUCUUGGGCAGGGAGUUUGUACACCAUCUUGUCCAGCUGACUUUGGGACAGCGGCUCCCCGGUCCCCGGAUGGAGAUACCCCUGGGCCUGCUCUGGCGCCUGACGCUGAGCGGCUCUGCCUUUGUGGAUCAGUUUGUGGGGGCCGGGUCGGAGCGGCCAGGGGCCUGGGCCCGGUAUCUGCGGGAGCUGCUGCAGCAGGAGCCCGGAGCUGGCGGUGAGGCCCAGGCCGAGCUCCUGCUCGCCCUCCUGGCUCAGGUGUGUCGCUGCUCGGCCCAGUACCGGGCUUUUGUCGAGGCCGCGGCCCUGGGCAGUGGCGGCGAAGGAGCGGGGACCCUGGAGCGGGCCCUUCAGCAUCCGGAGGCCGGGCUCAGGCGGCGGGCCUGCAGCCUGGCGGCAAGGCUGCUACUGGGGCCGGAUCCCGGGCCUGUCCUGCUGGGGGCUGUCCUGCCGCUCCUUGGGGACCCCGAGUCCGGGGUCAGGGAGGCCGCCUGCUUCGCGGUGGGUAAUGCGGCUUACAGCGGGGUCUGCACCGGGGCCCUAUCCCCGGCCUUACCCACCCUCCUGGGCCUGCUCUCAGACCCCAACCCCCGCACCCGGCGCCAUGCCUGCUCGGCGCUGCACAACCUGUGCACCGGCUCCUCCAGGCCGGCCCUGGGCCGCCUCCUGCUCAGCGGUGCCGCCCCCCAGCGGCUCCUGCAGCUCGCUGCCCCCGCCACCGCCUCCCACAACACC